AUGAAUAUUCGACGUCCUAUUCCAGAACAUAUCGAAUCUCCUUUCCCAAUCUUAUGUUCUUCACAAGUUGUGAGUGGGUUUGGAAGGGGAUCGGCUGAAUUAGGCAUUCCAACGGCAAAUGUUCCAGUGGAUGAUCUACUUAAUGCUUUGGACACAGGUGUCUACUUUGGGUGGUGCAAGCUCUCUCCCGCUAAUACAGACCAACAAAUAGAACCCUCCUUACUCUCAAGAAAGCGCGUUGAUUUCAAUUAUGGUUGUGAGUUGUCUGAGGAAGAUUUGAAUGUUUUGCCUAUUGUAAUGUCAGUUGGAUGGAAUCCCUUUUACAACAAUACGAAAAAGACAGCUGAAGUCCACGUUAUUCAUGAAUUCACCAAGGACUUUUACGGUGCAAACAUCAAGUUGGCCAUUCUCGGGUAUAUUCGACCAGAAUUGGAUUACACAACCAAAGAGGCCCUAAUUGAAGACAUAAAGAAAGACAUCGAAGUAGCAGACUUAACAUUGAAGGAUGGUGAAUACCAGUCAUUCAAGGACAAGUUUGGAUGUGAAAUGUGA